UUUACUUUUUGUUGUUUUUCGGGUCCGCGGAGCUUUAUUUGCGUUCUGGGCAGGUCCGGUUGAGAAAUUUAGACGAGAUGGACGGAGAUCUCGGCUCAUUUGAUCCCAGCAUACCUGAUGAGGGCCCAUCGCCUUCUGGAUGGCUGGGGGUCAUGGAUGGAUACCAGGAGCAGGAAGGAGGAGACUCAUUUGAUCCAAACAUACCAGAAGAGGGACCAUCAGCGCCCCCUCCUGGAUGGCUGGAGGACAUAGAUGGAUACCAAGGGCAUAAAGGAGGUCCAGAGGACGACGAGCCGCUGUACCCUCCGCCCCCCGCCUACAACCCCCAGCCAGAGGUCAACCGGAGCACCUCGGUCCCCACCAUCCGAGUCCCGUCCAUAUCGGAGGACGUGGCCCGAGACGCUUUGCUCAGGUUUGUCGAGUCCAAAUGGAAGUACAGCUCCAAACCGGCCAGGAACCUCACCUUCAAGGACCUGAAGCCCGUCACCGUCUACCGGUAUCGACUGGAGACCUACACUGAGACCAGAACCAGCGCCUGGCAGUUGGAGCCCUACAACGGCCAGGCGGUGGACGGCCCCCAGUACGGGGCGAGCCCCCCGCCCUGGGACAUCCCGGUGUCUCCGCCGCAGAUGUACUCCAACAGGGUGGAGAAGAUCCCAGUGCCACACUCGUCCUUCGUGAAGGUGUGCCAUAAAUGCCACGGCUGUGGGAGGACGCGCUGCGCCGGCUGCUUCGGCCGAGGAAUGAAACGCUGCAGCUUCUGCCACGGUAAUGGGCGGGCCAGAAAAAAACGCUGCACUUCCUGUCAUGGGCGGGGCCGCCGCAGGUGUGUCAGUUGCCGUGGAGACGGCUACAAGACCUGCUCUGUUUGCCACGGUGCCCAGAAGCUGCUGCACUUCAUCCAGCUCACGGUCACAUGGAAAAACAACGUGAGCUGCUUCAUCCCGGACCGCCAGCCGGACUUCCCAGACAGGAAGUUUGAGAAGGUGUCAGGCGACCCAUUCUUCAUCGACGAGAACGUUCUGGUGUAUCCAAUCCACGGCUUCCCUGAUCAGGAGAUCUGCGACGUUUCAGCCAAACUGAUCAACGAUCACCUGUAUCGCUUCACCUCCACCAGCCGCAUCCUCCAGCAGCGUCAGACCAUCGAGCUGGUGCCCCUCACUCACGCCUUUUACUCGUACGGCGGGAAGGACUACAGCUUCUAUGUUUACGGGACGGAGAACAAGGUCUUCACUUCCAAGUAUCCCACCGCCUGCAGCAUUUUAUGAGCUCAGCAUGCAGGAAAACACACACAGAUAUACCCAGAUCACUGUUGACCUCUGACCCCACACUGUACAUAUACAUUUUUAUCUGUGAUUAGAAGAGUUAUGGACUGUUUUAAACAUGCUGCCAUCAUGUUGGACCUUGAAGGUCAAAAUAAAAAACCUUCAUUGGUUCUUUGAGGCACCUCCAGGUGUUCAGGGUAAAACUUUGCGCUGAAAUGAUUUUUAAAAGACAAUCUAAUAGUUUGGUUGGUUGCAACGAGAUGAAUACUUCCACUAAAAUACUCAGAUAAAUCUGAGUAGAACCAGAAGAAGCAGGUUCUUCAGAUUCCAGAUGGUCAGUUUGGGUCAGAUGGAGGAAAAUAGUUCUAGUGGGUCUAUAAAAACCAAACCUGAACAGAACCGGGACACUUGAGGAUCAAGCAUAACUCCCCCUACUGAUACCCUGAGGUAUUACCAGCAGAUUAAAACAUCAUUUUAUCACAUUAAGGCCGAGAUUUUAACAAAAAAUUUAUUCUUCCACAAUAUUUUUGACAUUUAUUAUUUAUAUCAGUUUGAAAUUAACUUAAAGGGCAUCACUUUUACAGAUAAACGUCAUUUAUAAUUUAUUGAUGAAAAGUUUUGUGUAUAUCAAUGAUUUUAGAAAAUAUUGAAGAGGCAAAAUUCUGUAUUUAAAACUAGAGGACACAUCUAUGAAUGAAUCAGUACCACCAAGUGUAGAAAACAACCAGGUAAUAAUGUGAAAUAAUAAUGUAUUGAUUAAAAUUUCUUACAUUUUAUACGACUGAACACAAUUGUUUCCUCUUCUUCAACUAUUUUCUGUUUUUGAGAUUUCUUUCUGACUGUGAUGAAAUCUAAACUCCUUUAUAUCAGCAACAGAGUCAGGAUGUUUUGGUUUGAUUUAAAGCAGGGCUUUGACUAGGACAGUCAGAUUAAGUAAAGACUGCUCCAUGAGUUGUCCAUGUUCAGAACUUUGUUUCAGUUUUAUUUUCCUUAGUUUUUCUUUAAUGUUCUGAUUAAUGGGUAAACUACAGACAGAGUCAGUUCUGUUUAUAAUAGAUGGUGUAAAACAAUGUUAGCAUUUUUGUAGCGUUCAGAUUCAUUAUUUCUGCAGCUGACUUGUUACACAUUUCUCAGGGUUUAUUACGC